UAAAACUGAGUACUGUUUCUUUCAUCCGCCGACUGGUCCACCUUGCGCAGUGGGAAGUGCUAGGGCUUCUAACCAACCAACAUCUGCAUUCUAUUCGUCCAACUUUACACACUGCGCGCCCAGUAAUCUACUCCAGUUCGCGAUUUCAGAGCCACGCAUUUCUUUCCCCACGUCAUCAGAUAAAGAGAAAGCAUCUCGGAAGCUCGGAAUUAGAAAUGGACUCGGCCAACACCGCGAACUUCUCCAUCGACGCGUUACUAGGUGCUCAACAACAACAACUACAAAAGCAGCAACAACUAAACCACCACGUUAAACAACACCCAGCCCACAUGGCGACACAACUGGAGCCGAGAGUACCUGCACCCCGCAAGAUGGUCAACACAAUUCCUAUGUAUGAAGACGCAGAUCUAGAUCCAGAUUCAUAUACAGAGAAUACAAGUAACACCAAGUCGUCCCCUAUCACAAAAUCCUCCUCGUCAUCAUCGGAUAAACGCGACAAGCUUGCCAAAAAGCGCCGAAAACGCACAGCAUUCACAAGCUUCCAGCUCAAGUGCCUAGAAGACAAGUUCAAAUUCAGUAAAUACCUAACGAUAGCCGAGAGAGACAUGAUGGCACGCUCACUACAGCUCACGAACAGACAAAUCAAAACGUGGUUCCAAAACCGACGAACCAAAUGGAAGAGGGAAAACGUCGGUGAGGCGCUGCAGCUUAACUACGAGAUUCAAAGAACGGCGACGUUGCGGUGUAGUCCGCCCUGGCUACAAGUUUGUCCGUAUCCUCCCGUGUUUGGUGUCGAUCCAUCUUGGACGUCGUCCCCUUAUUUGUUGCAGAAUCCCCCUCGAUUCCCAUGUUCGCACGCUACGUAACUAUACAAAGUAAAAGACUCGCUACGUUAAGAUGCAAAGUAAAAUACUCGAUUCGAGGCCUCGAUUCUACGUGCACGCUUCGUAACGAUACGAUGUGAAAGACUCUUAAGGACAGACCUGCGUUUUAGCAGGGUUUGUGUUAUUAAAAGAGUCCCCUAGAUAUCACUCUAUCGUUAUUUUGAUCACGGGGAUCAGUGAAACCUAAAAUAAUGUGCUAUUGGUAUCGGUUGCAAGUUAAAAUAAAUAAUCAUUAAUUUCCAAUUUCCAUUUGCUUUAUUUUUAAACAUCGACUCUUGAUUAAAUGAUCUAUAUAGAAACUCUGUUUUAAUGGUCCAUAUUUUUUUAAUAUUUACAUUUGGGUGGAUUUAACAAACAAAACAUACAUUUCAAACAAGAAUGCAAAUGACAGUUUUUAUAUAAGAAAUGACAACAUUGGAAAAAAACGCCGAUGAUAUAAGAUGCCAAAAAAAUAUUUGAAAAUAUAUAUAAAUAUGUAAAUAACACAGUGUGAAUAAAAAACUUAUCUCAUUAAA